AUGAGCGACAGCAAUCCCAGCCUCCGCGCCUCCUGUGAGCGCUGCCGCGCCCACAAGCUGCGCUGCGUGCCCUCGAUCGCGGGCGACCCCACCGGGCCCUGUCAACGCUGCGCGAAGGCGAAGAUCCCCCGGUCCUGCACCUACAGUCGACGAUUGAAGACGGGUCGCAACAAACUGCGGGGAGGAGACGAGGACACGCCCGAAGCGCAGUCGCAAUCGCAGUCGCAGUCGCAGGUCCACUCGCACUCGCGCAAGUUGACGCGCACGGAACGGGAGGGCUUGACCCAGCCCCCACUACCGGGGAUGGGCACCUUUGUGCUCCCUCCAUCUUCUUCAUCUUCUUCUGCGCCCUCCUCCUCCUCGUGCUCGUCAUCCUUGUCAUCGCUGCCUUCGCCCUUGGAGUGUCCCGUCCUGCCCCUUGGAGCGACGGAGAAGAAAGACGGCAGCCUCUUCGCGGACACCGACGCGAUGAUCGUGGAUUCGUUUCCAUGGGGCGACGAGACUUCGGCCGCAUUGAUCGACCCACCGGACUUGUUGAUGAGCACCGAGCACUUCUCGGCGCAUCAUUUGUCGGGUCUGGACGUUGGGUUGGAAGCUCCCACCGCGAGCGCUGCGGACGAGUACAUGGCGGGAUUGUCGAUGUACACCGACUGGGACAAGGUUCUGCUGUCUUUCGCACAGGGGGAUGCGCUGAUCAAUGACUCGAUGGAAGGAGGAAGAGCAAUGCCGACGACAACGACAACUACAGCAACAGCAGCAACGAAAAACAUGGCAGCUGCGACGACGGCGGGGCCCUCUCCCGCGGAGGACUACUUCACCACCCUGACCGGACUCCUGGCCAAGAUGUCGCACUACGAAGCUCAGAUUUCUCAAAGCUCUCGCGCCUCGUCAGCGUCCGUGUCGCAGGAAUACCAGAAGCAUGGGGGUGGUGAUGCGCUUGACAACUAUCCCAUCGGCGAUGCACUGUUCCUCUCGCGCGGCUUCUACAAAGUGGUCUCCGCCCACAGGGGGACGGAGGGGGGCGAGGCGGAAGACGAGGCGAACCGAUUCGCAGCGUCGGCCACAGAACCGUUACCCUCGACCAGUGCAUUUGACAUUCCUACCAAGCUCCUCACUCUCUCCUGCUAUCUGGUUCUGACCCGCAUUUAUACCGCGAUUUUCACCGACCUCUACGAUCAGCUGUCCCAACUCUCGGCCAUGCACUGCUCCUCGCAUCCCACGCGACAGCCGUCGCUGGACCCCUUUCUGGAAGACGCGGACAUGUACCUUGGCCUGCGGCUGGGGGAGCUCCAGCCCACGUGUGGGUGUGUUGACACCCCGGUGCGGGAGACGGCGACGCGGGCGCGCAAAGCGGUGGCCAUCUUGCUGGGGUCGCUGGAGGAGACGGAGGCGGCUCUGGAGCUGCCCGAUGGUGUGAGUAUCCUUGCCAAGCACAAAGGUGUCACUCGGGAAUCUGGGACAGAGCGAUCGAUGGUGCAUGUGGAGGAGGAGGACGGGGCGGGUGUCUCCCCGCAGGGCGCGAUCAUGGGGUUGACGAACGAGCACUUGUACCAGACGAUGAGAAAGCAGGGAAGCCACCUGCGAAGCAAGAUAGACGAGGUAGAGCAUUUGCUGCGAGAGCUGCUGAAUAUGUAUUGA